AAGCUUUUCCCUAUAACGAUUAGUACCAAAUCCACACGGCAGACAAAGGCUCACAGAUCACCUCCAGUUGAUCAGCAAAACUCUGCCUAGACAGUUGAAACUGACCGACCAGAAGACCCUGUAGUUGGUACAAGAGAGCCAGGAUGAUGUCAGGCUCAAAGAUAGUUCUUCCAAGCUCUGAUGCUGAGCAAUAUACUGGAAACAUUCUUCUUAACACAAUAAGAAUUAUUUCCAAGCCUAAAGGUGUGCAUGGCAGGAACGCCUAUGCGACUUAUAAUCGUCCAAGUUGGUGGCCAAAAGAUGUGGUGUUUUGCUGUUUGAAAGGGCCCAUAGCUGUCACGAAUGGUAUCACUACAGUACACCGGAGAAAGGUAUUGGCAGCUUUCUUGGAGAAAUGUCCUGAGCAGUACACAAUAUCACGUCCAGUUGAUCAGCAAAACUCUGCCUCGGCUGAUCUACUAAAACACCCACUCACUGGUACAAAGAGAGCCAGGAUGAUGCCAGGCUCAAAGAUAGUUCUUCCAAGCUCUAAUGCUGAGGAAUAUUCUGGAGGUAUUCUUCGUGGCACCAUUUCCCGUAUUGUGAACCCUAAAGGUCAGAGUAACAGAAACUUCUUUACAAGGGACAAUUCUCCAAGUUGGUGGCCAAAAGAUGUGGCAUUUUCUAAUUUAGAUAGUAUCACUGCUGUAAACCAGAGAAAGAUUUUGGCAACUUUCUUUGAGAAAUGUCCUCAGCAGUACACAAUAUCACCUCGAGUUGAUCAGCAAAACUCUGCUUCGGAAGAUGAAACUGACCAACCAGAAGACCCUGCAGUUGGUACAAAGAGAGCCAGGAUGAUGCCAGGCUCAAAGAUAGUUCUUCCAAGCUCUGAUGUUGAGGAAUACUCUGGAAACAUUCUUCAGACAAUAAUUUCGCAUAUUGGGAACCCUAAAGGUAUGAUUCUAUUUAGCUACAAGCUGUGUGAGUUUCUUGUAGGUCAGAGUGGCGGCAGGAACGCCUAUGCGUCUUAUAAUCGUCCAAGUUGGUGGCCAAAAGAUGUGGUGUUUUCCUGUUUGAAAGGACCCACGGGUGCCACAAAUAGUAUCACUGCUGUACACCAGAGAAAGAUAUUGGCAGCUUUCCUGGAGAAAUGCCCUGAGCAGUACACAAUAUCACCUCCAGUUGGUCAGCAAAACUCUGCUAUACUAAAAGGUGUUCGUACAAAGAGCUCAAAGAUAGUUCUUCCAAGCUCUAAUGCUGACAAAUACUGUGGACUCUAUCUUCGUAGAACCGUUUCCCAUAUUGCGAACCCUAAAGGUCGGAAGGGGAAGGGCGGCUUCUACACGAGUGAUAAUCAUCCAAGUUGGUGGCCAAAAGAUGUGGCGUUUGUUCCUUCAGAUUAUAUCAGUGCUGUAAACCAGAGAAAGGUUGUGGCAGCUUUCUUGGAGAAAUGCUCUGAGCAGUACACUAUAUCACCUCGAGUUGAUCAGCAAAACUCUGCUUCGGAAGAUGAAACUGACCAACCAGAAGACCCUGCAGUUGGUACAAAGAGAGCCAGGAUAAUGCCAGGCUCAAAGAUAGUUCUUCCAAGCUCUAAUGUUGAGGAAUAUUCUGGAAAAAUUCUUCGUGACACAAUUUCACAUAUUGUGAACCCUAAAGGUUUGAUGGUCAGAGACUUCUACAGUAGUGAAAAUUGUCCCAGUUGGUGGCCAAAAGAUGUGGCUUUUUGUAUUCUGUCAGGGCCCAAGGCUACCAUGAAUGGUAUCACUGCUGAACACCAGAAAAAGGUAUUGGCAGCUUUCUUGGAGAAAUGUCCGGAGCAGUACACAAUAUCACCUAGGAAACAGCUACUCAAUCCCACCUCUUCCCCACACGUUGGUGAUAAGCAACCAGUAAGAGAAGUCAGCCCACAAAGUUCCUCUGAAAGUUCCUCUGAAAGUGAUCAAGAAGAGCCUGUAGGAAUGAACCAAACACCACCUACUGGAGCUAAUCGUACCCAAUCAGUUGGAGCCACAAUCAGCACUGCUGCACAACAUGCAAGCCCAAAGCUUAUCCUACCCAGCUCUUGUGCAAAUGACUACUCUCAACCUGCUCUCAUUUUGCUAAUUCAAAAGAUUUUGAAUCCCCUGCAGCUGCAAGGAAGAAAAUUCACGUACUUCUGUGCUAAUUGUCCCAGCUGGUGGCCGACUGAUGUACCAUUCAUUAAUGCAGAAGAUAUGAAAUCUGAAAUCAGGAGAAAAGUACUGACAGCUUUCCUGGAGAAAUGUCCUGACCAGUACACAAUAUCACCUCCAGUUGAUGAGCAAAACUCUGCCUCAACAGCUGAAACUGACCAACCAGAAGACCCUGCAGUUGGUACAAAGAGAGCCAGGAUGAUGCCAGGCUCAAAGAUAGUUCUUCCAAGCUCUAAUGUUGAGGAAUAUUCUGGAAUCAUUCUUCGUGGCAUCAUUUCGCGUAUUCUGAACCCUAAAGGUUGGGUUAGCAGAAAUAUCUACGCGAGUGACAAUCGACCAAGUUGGUGGCCAAAAGAUGUGGCGUUUACUGCUCCAACAGGGCCCAAGGCUAUCGCCAAUGGCAUCACUACUGCACCCCUGAGAAAGGUAUUGGCAGCUUUCUUGGAGAAAUGUCCUGAGCAGUACACAAUAUCACCUCCAGUUGAUCAACAAAACUCUUCCUCGACAGUUGAAACUGACCAACCGGAAUACCCUGCAGUUGGUACAAAGAGACCCAGGAUAAUGCCAAGCUCAAAGAUAGUUCUUCCAAGCUCUGAUGUUUAUGAAUAUUCUGGAAACAUUCUUCAGAGCUUAAUGUCAUGUAUUGCAAACUCUAAAGGUUGGACGGGCAGAAAUGUCUACACAAGUGGUAAUCGUCCAAGUUGGUGGCCAAAAGAUGUGGCGUUUGCUUCUAUGACAGGGCGCAAAAGUACUGGUAUUGUCACUGCUGUACACCAAAGAAAGGUAUUGGCAGCUUUCUUGGAGAAAUGCCCUGAGCAGUACACAAUAUCACCCGGGGCUUGGAUACUCAAUACCACCUCUUCCCCACUCGUUGGUGAUAAGCAACCAGUAAGAGAAGUCGUCAGCCCACAAAGUUUCUCUGAAAGUGAUCAAGAAGAGCCUGUAGGAAUGAACCAAACACCACCUACUGGAGCUUAUCGUACUCAAUCAGUUGGAGCCACAAUCAGCAUUGCUGCACAGCAUGCAAGCCCAAAGCUUAUCCUACCCAGCUCUUGUGCAAAUGACUACUCUCAACCUAGUCUCAUUUCGCUAAUUCGAAAGAUUUUAAAUCCCCAACGGCGACACUUCAUAUACUCCAGUGCUAAUUGUCCCAGCUGGUGGCCGACUGAUGUACCAUUCAUUAGGACGGAAGAUAUGGAAGCUAAGGACAGGACAAAAGUACUGACAGCUUUUCUGGAGAAAUGCCCUGAGCAGUACACAAUAUCACCUGCAGUUGAUCAGCAAAACUCUGCCUCGAUAGUUGAAACUGACCAACCAGAAGACACCAUCGUUGAUGUACAAAUGAAUGCAAGUGAAUCUGAUGCUGAAUCUGAUGCUAGCAUAACAAGUGACCCCGAAGAUCUGGUGAAUAGUCUAGAGCAACACCUUCUGGAUUCUAGGAAAAGAAGGCUCGAGGCUGAGAGGAAAGUUGAGGAGCUGACGAAAGAAGUCAAACGUCUCAGAGAAGAAAGGAAGUUCAUAGGUUCUAUUGUGAAACGAUCACGACUCCAUCACUAGCACUAGUGUUUAGUCCCUCAUACCUAACUGUCCAUUAAUUUUGUAAAAUCAAAGAUCACAUUUUGGUCACCUUCCUGGUCAUUCAUCCACUAAGUUGUUGUUCACAUUUCUAGCUAAAAUAGUUUGUUGUAUUCUCCAGCAUUGCUUAGCUUCGCUCACUCUCAUUCUUGUAUGUACAUUUGACAUCGAUAAA